UUUUUUUUUUGUGAUGGUUACUGGCUCUUUUCUAAGAAUAAUGGAGAAAAGGUGUUAGUUUAUACUGUCACACAGGACAGUCACAGGGGAUUCUGAAAAAGCAAAAGAACCGAUGUUAAGUCAGAAAUGUGAAGGAAGUGGGGUGGGGGAAUGAGACAAGGGAAGAGAAUACAUGGGAAAGUAUUGGAAAGGACAGAGUGAUCAAAAAGCGCAGGGACAUGGGAACAUUGGGCAGCAUACUGGGAGCCAUUUAGUUUUAUGCUCUUAUUGUAUGAAUGGGAAAAAAACUGUUCUUAGUGGUUAAGUGGCUUCUCAAUGCCACAUAAGACUUGUUCCAGAGAAGUUGAAUUAAAGGAAGGUGAACCGAUUGGAAGUUGGUGACAAUGAGAAAAGCUGGAAACUAGAGAAGAAAGUCAGAACCAGAGGGAAAAGAGAGACUGAGUAGGUGUCUCCGGGUUUGUGAAGGAGCAGAUUUUCUUUGCUGCACUAAGAAGAGGUUUGUCUGCUGGUUGCAGAAACAAGUCAGACUAGAGAUAUUGUGGGGUUGGUUUGUUUGUAACGGAAAUCAAAGACCAAUUUUUGUGAGAAGGAAGUAACAUCUGCAAAUGACAUGCUGUUUCUGCUGCUUCCAUUGCUAGCUGUUCUCCCAGGUGGUGAAAAUACAGACGAUCCUUUUGAGAUACAGUUUCCAGAGGUGCACUCUGGAAAGCUCUCAGGAAACUUCUUUCGGGUAGCUUACCAAGGAUCAGAUUUCAUGAGCUUCCAGUACGAGCCAUGCCUGCCAUCUCCACUGGCUGAAAAUGCAACCAAGCAUGUCUGCAAAGUGUUCUAUCAGCAUCAGUUUGAUAAGGACAGAAUAAGCCAUCUCAUCAGUGACACCUGCCCACGAUUCCUCUUGGGUCUUCUAGAUGCAAGAAAGGCACAUCUCCAGCGGCAAGUGAAGCCUGAGGCCUGGCUGUCCCUGGGCCCCAGUCCAGGCCCUGGCCAUCUGCUGCUGCUGUGCCAUGUCUCAGGAUUCUACCCAAAGCCUGUGUGGGUGAGGUGGAUGCGGGGUGAGCAGGAGCAGCCGGGCACUCAGCGAGGGGACAUCCUGCCCAAUGCUGAUGGGACAUGGUAUCUCCAAGCAACCCUGGAGGUGGCCGCUGGGGAGGCAGCUGACCUGUCCUGUCGGGUGAAGCACAGCAGUUUAGAGGGCCAGGACAUCGUCCUCUACUGGGAACAUCACAAUUCCGUGGGCUUGAUCAUCUUGGCGGUGAUAGUGCCUUUACUUCUUCUGAUAGUGUGUCUUGCACUUUGGUUCAGGAAACGCUGUUUCCAUUAAGACACAUCAUGAGACUUCUCAUCACCGUUCUCCUUUUGGGAUGAGAAACCAGCAGCCCAAGGGCUCAGGACACACCUGAACAUGUCGUGGUGAUGACGUUGUUUCCACUCUCCUUGUUAAUUUGCUUGUUUCUGCUUAACGAUCAUUUGUCAAUAUAAGCUCAAUUUAAUUUUGGAGGAUUUGUUGUUCUGACCUGUGUUUUGGGAUUUUGAAAUUCAUAUUUAUCUGUGAAUAAAAUGGGGUUCUAGAAAACUCCACAUGCUCGACCACUAAGGGAUCAUCGGGCCCUUUUAGAUUCCCUUCCUCCAGAGGCCUUCCCUGACUCACAGGUGGGAAGCAGUCUCGCCCUGCUCUGAACUCCCGCCACAUUUCAGCCGUAUUUGCUGACUGUACUCCUCGCUUCCUCUCCUUCAUUGCAGUUAUUUAGGUGCUGCUUUUCCUUCUAAUUUUUCAGCUCCUUCAAUGCAAAGUACAUGUGUUUUUAAUCUACGUAUCCCUGGUGAAGAUCUUGCCUGCAUGAAACAUGUUCUCAAUAAAACUAUUGAA